AUGUCAGGGCAUGUUGCCCCAGUGCCCCAGCAGGGGAAUCCCGCUGCUGCUUCCGUGCCCAGCCGUGGCUCCGGUCCAGGGGAACCCAUGGAUGUGGAAUGCCCCAUCUGCUACCAGGAGUACAACUGCUACAACAAAUGCCCCCGGAUGUUGGAGUGUCUCCACGUUUUUUGCACUGAGUGCCUCCAGAGGAUCCAGCUCUGCCCCCCCGACGCCCACAGCCCACAAGCCGUUCCUUGCCCUCUCUGCCGCCAUCUGACCCCACUGGAAACCGGGGAUGCCCUCACUUUACCCUGCAACUCCCGCAUCCUGUCCAGGCUGCCCCCCGGGGCCUUCCACCUGCCCAUGACUGUGACCUCGCGGAUGGCUACAGUCACCCAGAGAGUGGUGCUCUCCAUGGAGGCCAACAGCAACAGGGACACCCGCUUCAUCAUCUUACCCACCGUCAGCCUGCGGGUGCAGCAGAUGCACCCCGACACCCCUUAUGGCACAGCGCCUGGCCUGGUGGGCGAAGAGGAGAUCAUACAGCAGAGCAAGAAGACACUGUUUUGUGUACAGAUCCUGGCUGUCAUCUUCUGGGUGCUGUUUGUGAUCACCUGUGUGUUCGGGGUGGUGUUUGGGCCACAUUUCCUGAACAGGAAAUUUUAG